ACAUUUAGGUAUUGACAUAAAGUAAUAAGUAAAGUAACUAUAGAAAGGUAACCAAAAAAAAUAAUUCUGGAAAAUUACAACAACUUGGCAAUUUGGAAACCGAAUGCAAAAAAAUAUAAAAACACAAGUAGUUAUAAAGCUUUAUUUGUGUGUGUUUGUUGCAAAACAGCAUCAAUUUGCAAAUACAUAAUUUACAAUUUAUAUGUGCCAAGGACUCGUCUUCCUUCAUUGCAAUGAACAACGGCUUUUCAACAGAGGAAGACUCGAGAGGUGGCCAUGCAGACCAAACUUGCUGUUUGAUCGACGACACGGAGAGAUGCCGAAAUCCAGCUGGAAAUGCCAGCUAUAGCAAACGUAUACAAAAGACUAGCAAAGACAAACGCCUCAAGCUAAGCAGUGACCCCACGUCGCAGCAUAUUUACAUAUGCGACUACCACAAAGAUCGAAUUCAAUCGGCACGUUCCAAAAGGCGGCGCAAGGAGUCCGAAGAUGACAGCAAUGAUACCGACAUUGACCUGCCAGAAGUACCCGAUCUCUAUCAACUACAAGUGAACACAUUAAAGCGAUACAAGCGGCACUAUAAAUUGCAAACACGUCCCGGAGUGAAGCGCGCACAACUGGCAGACACAAUUAUGAAACACUUCAAGACUAUACCAAUCAAGGAAAAGGAAAUAAUAACGUAUUUCGUGUACAUGGUCAAGUCGAAUUCCAACAAACUAGACCUUUAGAAUGGCAUGAGUAACGACACAACUUGAGGCACUGGUUUUAUGCUGGUGCUCCAAUCGCAUUAAUUAAAACAAUUUCUAAUAGCUGUAGAUGAUAAGCAAUUGUGACCAUUUAAGUCGCAUUCGUGUAAUAUUUUUUUAAUAAUAUAUACAUACAUAUUUAAACAUUAAAAUUACGUUUAUUGCAUAUUCACGUCGGUUCACCAGUCCAGCAAUGCUCUCAUCGGAAUAUGACAUGUAGGAGGCGUCUUAGCACAAAUAACAUUUUAAUGAUUGUGAUAAGUUAUUGAGUUUGAAAAAAUAGAACAAUUUGCUAAGACAAAAAAAAGCAAAUAAAAAUGGGAAAAUAUGA